AUGCCAAAGCCAAACUCCUCUUUUGUGACUGAAUUUGCCUUUGAAGGCUUCUCCAGCUUUGGGUGGAGACACAGGCUUGUCUUCUUCGUUGUUUUUCUMACCUUGUACCUGCUGACUUUGUCGGGCAACGUGAUUAUCGUGACCAUUAUUCGGCUGGACCGUCACCUCCACACGCCCAUGUACUUCUUCCUGAGCAUGCUCUCCAUCUCUGAGACCUGCUACACCGUGGCCAUCAUUCCCCGUAUGCUUUCUGACCUCCUGGAUCCUCACCAGACCAUCGACAUCCAAGGCUGUGCCACCCAGCUCUUCUUCUAUCUCACCUUUGGCAUCAACAAUUGCUUCCUCCUCACGGCCAUGGGGUAUGACCGCUACGUGGCCAUCUGCAACCCCCUGAGGUAUUCSGUCAUCAUGGGUAAGAGGGCCUGUGCCCAGUUGUCAUCUGGGUCACUGGGAAUUGGUCUGGGCAUGGCCAUUGUCCAGGUGACAUCUGUGUUUGGCCUGCCCUUCUGUGAUGGCUUUGUUAUUUCCCACUUUUUCUGUGACGUGAGACCCCUCCUGAAGCUGGCCUGUGCAGAUACCACUCUCAAUGAGAUGGUCAACUUGGCUGUCAGUGUCUGUGUCCUUGUCCUACCCAUGGGCCUGGUCUUCGUCUCCUACAUCCUCAUCAUCUCCACCAUCCUCAAGAUUGCUUCUGCAGAGGGUCGGAAGAAGGCCUUCGCCACCUGCGCCUCCCACCUCACAGUGGUCAUCGUCCACUACGGCUGUGCCUCCGUCGUCUACCUCAAGCCCAAGUCCCAGAGUUCCCUGGGGCAGGACAGACUCAUCUCGGUGACCUACACCGUCAUCACGCCYCUGCUGAACCCCGUGGUGUACAGCCUGAGGAACAAGGAGGUCAAAGAUGCUUUGCGAAGAGCCGUGGGGAGAAAGUCCCUCUCUCCUUAAUCAGGACAGAUUGGGAAGGCUUUUUUUWU